GAGGUUGCUUUUAGAAAGGUUCUCUGCUCUGAAGAAGGUCUGCUACUUCCCAGCUCUUCUUUUAUUAACAUGACCGGCAAGAAAGUAAUUGUAGUGUUUGGAGCAACAGGAGCUCAGGGUGGCUCUGUGGCCAGGGCCAUUUUGGAGAGCAAAAAGUUUGCCGUGAGAGCGCUGACCAGGGAUGUGACUCGCCCCAGUGCCCUGGCGCUGCAGGACCUUGGCGCUGAGGUGGUCAGAGGGGACCUGAAUGACAAAGCGUCGGUGGAGGCGGCCUUGAAAGGCGCCUAUGGUGCCUUCCUGGUGACCAACUUCUGGGAACAUCAGAACAAGGAGAAGGAAGUGUGUCAGGGAAAGCUGGUGGCGGAUAUCGCCAAGCCCCUGGGGCUGAAGCAUGUGGUGUACAGCGGACUGGAGAAUGUCAAGCGCCUGAGUGGUGGCAAGUUGGAGGUGCCCCACUUUGAUGGGAAGGGAGAGGUGGAGGAGUAUUUCUGGUCCAUUGGCGUCCCCAUGACCAGCACCCGCCUGGCAGCAUAUUUUGAAAAUUUUCUCACCAUGUGGAAGCCCGUGAAAGCCUCCGAUGCGGACUACUAUACCUUAGCACUGCCUAUGGGAGACACACCAAUGGAUGGGAUCUCUGUUGGGGAUAUUGGACCAAUCAUCUCUAGCAUUUUUAAUUGUCCAGAGGAGUUUUUAGGCAAGGCUGUGGGUCUCAGUGCAGAAGCACUAACAAUACAGCAAUAUGCUGACAUUUUAUCCAAAGCAUUGGGGAAAGAAGUCCGAGACGCAAAGAUCAGCCCAGAAACCUAUGAGAAGCUGGGUUUUCCUGCAGCCCAGGAAUUGGCCAACAUGUGUCGCUUCUAUCAAAUGAAGCCAGACCGUGAUGUGAAGCUCACCCACCGACUGAACCCCAGAGUCAAAAGCUUCAGUCAGUUUAUCUCAGAGAACCUGGACACCUUCAAAGAUAUUUAAGCUAUUCACACAAGCCGCUGACACACAACUUCUCUCCUCUCUGCUCCUGGUUCUCUUUACGCAGAUAGGCACACUCAGUCUUCUUCUGUGAAAGUGAUCUUGAACCCUGGCUCUGUAACUCCUCCAAACAGCUGCAGUUUUCUCAAAUGCAUUGAUACAUUCUCAGUGAAAUUUCCAACCGUUUUAAUUUCUUAAAAUAAAAACCUUUGUAGAAGGCUCU